AUCUACACGAUGGGGGCCUGAACGAGCGCGUCUGCGGCUGGCUCUGUGUUGCCUGAUCGCUAGCUCCGUUAGCAAGCAGGGAUAUCAGCUGUCAAGCUCCCCAGCUCAAAACGUGCCGGGGUUGCUGCCGGUCAGAGUUCAUGUUUUUAGUCCGUUCAUUGACCAAAAUGUCGAGUCACAACCCUUUGCUGAGGCUGGAGCAGCGAGCAGCUGAGGCCGACCAGCUCAUCGAGUACCUCAAACAGCAGGUCCAGCUACUGAAGGAGAAAGCCAUUGUCCAAGCCAGUGUCAGAGAGGAGAAGAAACUGAUGGUGGAAAACGCCAAAUUAAAGAAUGACAUUGAGGAACUUAAAAAGCAGCUGUUGGAGAAAGAAAAGAGGAGAGGAGUGCUUGAUGUUCCAAUGCCAUCAAGUGACACCACUGUUGCGUGCAGUUCCAAGCCCACUCCUCCUGGUCCAGCACCCUCUGGUCCAGCACCCUCUGCUACUGCUGUCAAGGACAUCUCUCCUAAAGAUGAGAGUAAAAAGAAGAAGCCAGAGAAAAAAGGAGAGAAAGCAGAGAAGAAACAGGCCACCCCCAGCCAAGAGGAUGCCAAAGUGGACGUGUCUCGUCUGGACCUGCGUGUCGGACGUAUAAUCGAAGCACAGAAGCAUCCGGAUGCCGACAGUCUCUACGUGGAGCAGGUUGAUGUAGGAGAGGCUUCUCCCAGAACAGUAGUCAGCGGGCUUGUCAAGCACGUACCUCUGGACCAGAUGCAGAACCGCAUGGCAGUCCUGCUGUGUAACCUGAAGCCUGCCAAGAUGAGAGGAGUGAUGUCCCAGGCUAUGGUCAUGUGUGCCAGCUCACCGGAUAAGGUUGAAAUUCUCGAUCCUCCUAGUGGAGCUGUGCCAGGGGACAGAGUUACUUUCCAGGGCUUCCCAGGUGAACCGGAUAAAGAGCUGAACCCCAAAAAGAAGGUGUGGGAGCAGGUUCAGCCAGACCUUCGCACUGACAACCAGUGCGUCGCGACCUACAAGGGAGCUGCCUUUGAAGUCGCUGGCAAAGGAGUGUGCAAAGCUCAAACAAUGAGCAACAGUGGAAUCAAAUAAACUAACAGAGCUGCUAGAAAAAACUCAGCAUUUACUUUGCAGUCAUCUUCAGUGAUGGAUGGUGGAAAUGGAAGUAACUCCUUUCAAGAUGUUCAAUAAAGGGUUUUGAAAAGU